AUGCCACCAAAGAAGAACCAGCAACCAGAGCAAAAGAUUAGACUUGGAAGACCGGGCAACAACCUCAAAAUGGGUAUUGUUGGUCUCCCAAACGUCGGAAAGUCAUCUCUUUUUAACAUCAUGACUUCUUGCGAUCUUGGCAAAGCUGCCAACUUUCCUUACGCUACCAUUGAACCAGAAGAGUCAAAGGUUAUCGUUCCUGAUGAGCGUUUCGAUUGGUUAGCUGACCACUACAAGCCUGCAUCAAGAGUCCCAGCUUUCUUGUCUGUCAUUGAUAUUGCCGGUCUCACUGCUGGUGCUUCCACUGGUGCCGGUCUUGGUAACGCCUUCUUGUCUCACGUCAGAGCAGUUGACGGUAUUUUCCAAGUCGUUAGAUGUUUCGACGACGCAGAUGUCAUCCACGUUGAAGGUGAUGUCGAUCCUAUCCGUGAUAUGGAGAUUAUCCAAUAUGAAUUGCGUUUGAAGGAUCAAGAAUGGUUGGAGAAGGCCGUCGACUACCAAAAGCGUACCGCAAGAUCCGCCAACCACACCACGCUCUCUGGUAAAGCUGAGCACGACAAGCUCCAAACUAUCAUUAAAGCUCUUGAAACUGUCGCAGGUAACGAAGAAAGUGGUGUUGAAGGUAUGGACAUCCGUAAGCAAAUUUGGUCUGCUAAGGAGGUUGACGUUAUUAACGGUUUGAACUUGCUCACUGCUAAGCCAAUCAUUCGUCUUGUCAACCUUUCAAAGCGUGACUAUUGCCGCAAGAAGAACAAGUGGCUCGGAAAGGUCAAACAAUGGGUCGAUGAGAAAAACCCUGGUGAUUUAAUUAUCCCAUUCUCAGUUGCACUUGAGGAAGAGCUCAUGCAACUCUCAGAUCAAGACAAAGAAAAGGAACUUAAGAGCUUGGAAGAAGAGUACAAGUUGCCUGUCACUCAAUGUCUCGGAAAGAUUACAACAGCAGGAUACCAAUCUUUGGAACUUAUCAGAUACUUUACUUGUGGUGAAAAGGAAGUUAGAGCAUGGACAAUCGCUUCUGGUACCAAAGCACCACAAGCUGCAGGUCUCAUUCACUCUGAUUUCGAAAAGAACUUUAUCUGUGGUGAUAUCAUGACCUACGAUGACAUAAAAGAGCACAAGACCGAGAACGCCGUGAAAGGUGCUGGUAAGAUGAGGCAACAGGGUAAGCCUUAUGUGAUGAAGGAUGGUGAUAUAGUCUACUGGAAGUCUAACGCUUAG